AUGGGUAACUGUAUGAAAAGCAAAGGCCAAGAUCAUAUAAGUGAUCCUGAGAAAGUAAAUAAAAACGUGAACAAGAUUUUUCCUUAGUAAGCAAGCAGUUAGAUUCAGCAGUAGUAAAAAUCAGAUAUUAAAUAACAAAAUGAAAAUGAACCCAAAAAUUUUCAGAUCAUUGAUGAAUAAAUUAUAGAAAUAAAACCUGUAAAGGAGUUAAGCAAGAUACAGCUAAUGAAACUUUAAAAAAAGAAAGAGUAGUAGAAGUUGAAAUAAAAUGAAUAGAUUAAACCUUUGUUUGAUUAUCUUGUUGAAAAGGCACAAGAGGAAAACCCUUCUGAAGUAGAUUUUGAGAAGGUUUCUUAGCUAAUGGAGUAGCAGGAUCCAAAAAUAAUUAAUCAGUGCAUGCUCCACAAAGAAAUGUCAGGCUGUACUUUAAGCGAUUAUUGUCUUUAAAAUUAGCACAUUUAUAUUUUAAAGUUUGUUUUUGAGAGACUUUAAAUAGAAGACUUUUCCUUUGAUGAUUAAAAAAAUCUAGCCAACCUCAUCUUUAAGGCGCUUAUAUCUUCUUCUAAAUAAUUUAAUAAAAGACCAGAAUUCUUCUUCUCUUUUUUAGAUCUUAUUGAAAAUAGCGAAGGUUUAGGAAAGUUAUUCUCAUUGUAUCUAGAAACAGCUAAUCCAUAUUGCUUUUUGCAAUUUAUCAAUUUAGAGUCAGAUUAGGCUUAAAUGUUUUUAGAAAGGGUAAAAGAACUUAUCUAAAAAUCUAUAGAAAACGAAGAACAAUAAAAAGAGAUCGAGUUACUAAAUGUCGUACUAAAAAUAAAAUAAAAUUUCUUACUAGACUAGUAUUUUGUGAAAUUUAAUUUGCCUAAAAAUGUUGAAAUUUUAAAGAGAGAUUUAUAUGAUAGCAAUCUUAAAAGCACAUUUAUUGAUAGGUAAUUUGACUUAUCUAAAGGAAUGAAGUUUCAAAAAUAAAAUUCGUUAAUUGAAUCAGAAUAUAAUUUUGCACACUAUUUAACAUCUAAAAAAAGGUUAGAUUUAGUUUAGUAGAACUGGAGUAUCUACUUAGAAUUAUUGUUAGAAAAAGAUAGCAGUAGAAAUACAGGCGCUUCUAUAAUUUUCUCAAAGUAAAAAGCAAGUAUAAUUUUAGAAAUGAUAGAAGCUUAUCAAGCAAACCAGAAUUUAUUCAAUUAAGUGCUAACUAUUUCAAAUUAAACUAAUUAAAAUUUAAUCCAUAUGGUCAUAAGGAAUACAAGUUUAUCUUCGGAUAGCAUUGUUACCAUCAUUUAAAAAAUGUUUGCCAACCAUUCUUAAGAGAAAGAAAAAUUAUUGAUUUAAUACGAUAGUGAGAACAAUAUUCCACUUACUUUAUAUCUAAAAAAAAAAACAGAAAACAAGGACUUAAGUUUAGUUGAACUCUUAAUUCCAGCUAAGAUUAAAAACAAAAAUGAAAAGUAUCCUUAUCCUCUUUUAGAUAACUUGGAAUUCCCUCUAUUUGAAUUUUAAAUGUUUUAAUUUCUUUCAAUUCCCAGUUAUGUUUGGAGAGUUUAUCCAAAGCUUUAAAAGUUUUAUGAUGAUAUAGAUGCUCUAAAUAAUCAAAUUUUUUGUGCAAUACUAUCUUUAAGGGAAUAAAGAGAUGAAGUAUUUAAUAAGGUAGGUAACAGUUUGUGCUUUGCACUUAAAAAAGGAUUUUUUGAAAAUCUCAUUUUAUAAUCUGAAUAUCAAAUAGCUAAAAAGUAUUUAUUAGAUUAAAGGUAUUUAGAUGAAUGUAGUAGAAUGGCAUUAAGCAAUAGCAAAAAAUAAGAAAUCCUAAACUACUUGUUGUAAUAGAGUACUAUAUCAUAAAAAGUAUACUUUUAAAAAUUUCUUUAAAGGCUAACUGGAUAGAAUGUUGCUGAUUGCUCAUAAUUCUACAUAGCACCUUCAUAAAGCGCUCUUCAAAUAGUAGCGACAUUAAAAUUAAAAUAAGAGUUUGGUAUAAUUGAGUUAGAGGAAGAAACGCUAAAAUAAUAUCUAGAUGAUAUUUUCGAAUUAUAUUUGAAUCAAAAAGAAUAUUUUGAAAAAGAAGAAUUUUUGAAAAUAACUCGAGGUUAUUUUUAAUAUAAACCUGUAUUUUACUUAUUUGGCUGUCUUCAGGAUUAAAAAUAUUUCAAUCAAAUAAAACAAUUGUAUAAUUUUUCUAUAAUUGACAUAUCAAACUUUAAAGCAGCUGAAGCUAUUUAGGCAGCAUUUGAGCAAGUAUAUUUUAGUCAUAAAACAUUAAAAAAAGAUGAUUUAUAAAUUUAAGAAAAUCAAAAACUUAAAGAAAAUAGAUAAAUCGAUUUGAGAAAUUUAAAGUUCGAUUUGUCAUAUUUGCUUGAAUAAUCAAAAUUUGUAUUCUUAAUUUUGUAAUCUAAAAUUAAGAAAUAAUUUACCAACAUACUUGUAGAAGAGAUUUUUAAACAAGAUUAUGAUUUUAAUAACUUGUUCUCAAAAUCAAAACAAACAAAAUUUACAAUUAUGUUUAUUUUUACUAGCCCUGAAUUUAAGAAAGCGCUCACUGAAAAAGGGAUAAAAUAAAUCAAUAGAAGCUUUUUCUCUACAUAUAAAAAAUUACUUCUUUUGAUAUUACUAGAAUGUAUAAACGCCAAUGAUAAGGAAAAUAUAGAAUUUUUAAAAGAAUAAUACAAUCCAACAAGUGGUGAUAUAAUUUUGGAUCUUAGAAGUAAAAGGAAUUUUUCUUACUACUAAGAAAACGCAUAAAAAAUUGUAUAGAAUUUAAUAAGCUCUGAUUUAUUAGGAAGAAUUAAGAUGAUUUUACCUUACAAGCAUUCUUUUAAUAAAUAACUUAUAAAUAAUCUAAAAUAAUCUGAUGAUGUUUACAUGAAUUUAUUUUAUGAGCUAAUGACUACAUCGAGCAAUAUAUUUUAAAUAUUAGUUUCAAAAGAAAAAUAUGUGAAGAUUUUAUUAUUAAUUAGCAAUGACUAAGAAGAAAUAAUAUCAAAAAUUAUAUCCAAAAUCCAUUUUGCACUUCUAUGCUAUAAUCUCCCAGCUUUAUAGUGGCUAUUUUCUAUUGUAAAAAAUAAAAAGAUAGAUAAAAAUAAAAAAGAUCUAGAAAAACUAAAAGAUCAAUAAGAAUAAGUAGAGGAGCAUGAUUAACAAAACGAAGAAUAAGGAUUAGAUCAAGUAUGUGAAACAUUAUAUUCUAAUUUAAAUAAACUUUUUCAUGUUUAAAAUGAUCAUAUUUCAGAAGAUUUUGUUGAAUUGACAGAUGAGUAAAUAAAAUUGAGAAGGAAUAUUCAGUGGAAUAUUUUCAAAGAAAUUAAGUAGAAUCUUAGUGAAUAAAGAAUUUUAUAUGACUAUAGUUUAUAUUAAAGUUAUGGACUUAAGUUUUCUGUUGGUAACAAAGAUUUUGACCCUAAAAUUCUAUCAAGCGAUUACUUGAAGCUGGUCGAAAUUAUUGAAGACAUUUACAGAAAACGAGAAAUAACUUUUAUAAAUAAAAGAAAUUAAAAAAAUUAGCUCCUUGAAACAGAAUAGAUAGAGUUUAUACUUGAGUAAUUUCUAAAAAGAGCUGAAGAGUUGUAUAAUUGUGAAAUAGAAGAGUAAGAUGAAAAAUCUGAUAUUACAUUUAAUGAAAAAAAUGAAGCUUAAUCAAAAAGAAUAGAUAUAGUUAACUGCUUAUAGUUUAUUUAAAAAAAAUUAUUUUCUUAGGUAAUCCAUAUCAAAAAGAUUUAAUAGCAACUUUUAAAAUUAGGAAAUCAAGCUAUUCAUCACAAAGAUUUAAAUUUACUUAAAAUAAUAAAUAAAAUGUUCUGUCAAGCCAUCUAAGAUAAGAAAGAUGACUAUACUAUUGUUUCAUCAUAUAUUAACCAAAUUGUAUACCCUUUUUUCCUUUAAAGUGAAAUAGAGCAUAACUAAAAUUAGAAAGUUUAAUUAUCAGAUGAAAAUGAAAAUGAAAUUGAUGAUGAAAAUAAAAUUACAAAAAAUAAAUCUAAGGAAAUUGAGUAAACUGAAAUGGAAUCUAAGAAAAUAUAUUUUUAUAACAAAGAUGGUCAAAAAGAAAAAAUAAUAUACCACAAAAAAAUAUUGUAAAACAAAACAUUAAUUCAGCUUAUUCUCAGCUCUCUUAUUAGCUCAAAUGAGCAGCUAUUAAUAAAUAUUGCUAGAAUAGUUUCAUUGAUCUAUUCUUAAAAACCCUCAUUGAUAAAUAGAUUCUUCCUUUAAUUUAGUGGAUAUAAAGCUGAAUAUGUCGAUUUUAUUUAUUUCUUUUAGAAAGAAAAACCUAUAUUUUUUUCUCGCAAUUUUCAAAAAGAGAGAUUUGAAGCCAUUCUUAAAGUAAUGCAUGAAGAGUAUUCUCGUCAAUUAUAGAACGAACUCUUGACAAAAGAGAACCAAAAAAGAACUAAAUUUAUCAUCUAAAACCUCAAUAAGGAUAUUGCAAGACAUGGGCUGAUUUAGAAAUGGGAAAAUAUGUAGCAUUAUUUUAAAGAUAUAUUAACUAAAGAAUCAGAAAUGAAUAUUAUUUAGUGCUGCAUUUGUGCUUAUGCUGGAAGAUUACUAUCAUCAGAGCCUGUUUCGGAGGAAAAGUAUGAAAAAACAACAAUGUAUUCAAAUAUCAGAAAUUUUUUAUCACAAAUACUUAAUCAAAGAAAUUGUGUUGAUAAUAUUAAAGAGCCUUCUAGCUUACAAAGUUAUACAGCAAUAAUAGAUAAUUGUUUAAGCAUUUUAAAAGACCAGUACCAUAGCUCAUAGCAACUUUAGAUAGAAUAUAAAUCAAAUAAUAAUAUAUUUAAUUAUACCUCAGACUUUUCCCUCGAAAUUACUCUGAAUGUUUUAUACUUUUCUUUAAUUUACCACUUUGAUGAUACUUUUCCUUUCGUUAAAUAUCUUCAUAAUAAAAAAAUUUUAAAUGAAUAAAAAGAUCAAGGCAUUAAUGAUAAUGCUAAAGAUGAAAUUAAUCAGCUCAAAUAAUUAUGGCAACAUUUCAUAUUAAAAUCAAUUAAGUAUGGAGCAUUGAGUUACUUUUCAAUUUGGAACAAUUCUUAACUUAGGCAAUUUUUAGAUGAGUUUGAAAAUGAUUACUUAGAAAUCAUCACAGCAAAAGAAUAAAAUAUAAUAGAGUCUGAUGAACUUUUUAAUGUGAAAAGAUAUUAAAAUAGCAUCAUUCCUUUUAAUAGCAAAUUUUCUGAUGUUAAUUAAGAAUAUUUAAACUUUUUUGUCAAAAAUAAAAGUAACCUCAUUCCUUAAAACAUAGACAUUCUAUAAAUUUUGUUGGAUGACGCUUGUCUAAGUUCUAUUUCUUACUUUAAAAAUUCAGAUGGUCAAAAAAAUUAUUCUAAAAUAUAUUUGCUCGAUGCUAUGAAAAAGUUUGAUAUGAAAUUAAAUUGUAUGGUUUGUAAGGAUAAGAAUAGUAGAAAUAAUCGUAAGAGUAAAAAAACUAAAGUUAAUCUUGAGCUUUUAAGUCCAAAUAAUAAUCAAUAAAAUAAUAUUGUUCAAAAUUAAAAUAAAUUAAAUUAAUAUAUUACCCAACUUAGCGAUGAAGAUCUUGAACACGCCCUUACAAUUGGACUUUUUAACUUAUAUGACAAAGUUACUACAAAAAUAAGCAAAUAAAAGAUUUUAUUUUUGUAAUUAAAUACAUAGGACUAAAAUAAAUUAGUUUCAGAUUCUAAAAGCAAUUAAAUUUAAGAAUCUACUUUUUUUAAUGCUAUUUAAUAUGCGUUAGUGAUAGGAAGAUUUAAUUAUAUAAAACUUCAUUAAAAUAUAUUAAUAGAGUGUAUGGAUGCUAAAUAAGAAUAAAAAUUAGCAAUGUGUAUUAAAUAUGCUUUAUUGUCUGGUAGGCUAGAAAUUUUUUAGCUAUUUUUUGAGAAAAUACCAACAAAUUCAUAGAAAUUCACUUUCUUAAAAGACCAAAAGAUUUUAUUUGAAUUAGCUAGAUUAUAUAUCGGACAAGAUAGUUUGUUUAAAUACCUUCUUGUAAAUUACUACUGCAACAGCUAAUUUUUAAGCUCUAAUGGUUAAGGAGAGGAAUUAUUAGAAUUCAAUGAAAUCAUUUCGGACAAAUGUAUUGUGUUCAAGAAUUUAGCAAUAAUGAAAUAAGAAGAAGCAUUAUUAGAUAUUUUUAACUAUAUCUUAAUUAAAUUUACUACAGAAUAGAAACAGCUUCUAAAAUAAACUAUGUGUUAUUUCUCUAGUGAAGAAAUCUAAAGUAAUUUAGAGAACUAAUUUAACCAAAAUCCAAUAAGUGUUUAUGAUGCUUUUUAUCUUUUCCAGCUUUACAAUCUGAGAUGCUUUUUACUUUAAAAGGAGAUGAUGGUAUUAGAUGAGUUUUCAGGAAACAUAGAAUUCAUUCAAGAUAUGAAUUAAGAAGUAUGCAAAACGCAUUAAUUGUCUUAUCUGUAAAGCUAAAAACUGAUUAAAGUUGAGGAAAGCAGAUCUGAGUUAUAUACCCAUUUAAAUAUAAUAUUUAAAUUCCUUUUUGAAGAGCUUACUUCUUAUCAAGUAAAUUUACCAGCUAUUUCAAUGCUAGAAAAUUCUUUGUUUGGAUUUAUUUCUCUAAAUGCCCAUCUAUAAUAUAUUUAUAAGAGUUUGAAUAUCUUCAUCCGAAUGUAAUUUAACUAGAUACUCUAUACAUUCUGUGAAAUUUUCAACAUAAACAUUCACAAGCUUAUGCAAAGUGAUGUAAGCCAUAGAGAAAAUUUAUAAAAAUCUGAGCUUUUCAACAUUUAUUUGCUCAAAAACAGUAUUUACCCAGAUAUAAACAUGAUAAAAGUAAUACAGGAUAAUCCUUCUUAUUUUAAGAAUUGUAAAAUGGCAAAGUUUUUGAAUAAGCUUAAUCAAUAAAACAUUUAGCCAAGUAUUUCCUUCUUAAAUUCCUUUUUCUCUAAACAUUUCUCUAAUGAAAAUUAAAAUGCUUAACUUUUGAAGGGAGAAUAAAAGUUUGCUGAAAUAAAAAAGCUAAUUUCAAAGCAGUACAAUUAAAGAGAACUUAUAAAAAUUUUGUGUGAUAAAGAAAAAUAAUAUAUAACAUAGGACAAAGAUACUUUUAAUACUAUAUUAUAAGAUGCUUCACUAGCUAUUUAUCUUCUCAAAGAUAAUCCUUUAGCUGAUCAAAUAGUUGAAUAAUUUGUAAAUGAAAUUAAUGAUAAUAGGGAAUAAUAUUAAAUAAUUCAAAGAGACAAAUAUGAGUAAACUAAAUUCAAAACAGAAUUUUAAGCAAAAGCAACAGCUGUAUUUUAAAAAGAGUUUACUGAUAGCCCUUUCAAUAAGGUAUUAAGAUCACUAGUUUACUAUUUUUCAGUUUAAAAAGGGGAAUCUCUUGCAAGCAUAUUCGAAAAAGUUUUUGCUAGCAUAAAUAUUUUCAGUAAGCAAGGAUUGAGCUUUUAGUAUCAUUUGCUAAUAAUCAAAAAUGCUAAAGAAAUAACUGAAAGUUCUAAAGAUAUUCAAUAAUAAAACUAGUAGAUAGAACAUAAAAAAAUAUAAAAUCCUCAAUUAAAUGAAGAAUCAAUUAGAGAUUUAAUAGAAGAUAUCAUUUAUUAUAAAUUAAUAAAGUCUUCAUCAGAAUCAUAUUCUAGCCAGAUAGUAAUUUAUUUUAAUAAUUUUUUCAAAGAUAUUUUCUAAUUUGUUUCAAAUGAGAACAACAAUCUUGAAAGAUAAUAUUCUUUGCUCUUUUAGACAGUUUUUAGAUUCUUCUAAACAAUUUACUCUCUGCACAUAGCUGACAAUUUCCCUGAGAAGCAGAUAGAAAUAUCUUUAAUAGAAGGAAAUGGGCCAAUAUUAAUUGAGAAAAUGGAUGAUUUUGGAUUAACAAUAAAUAUUUUCUAUAAUUACAAUCACUAACAAUUUACAUUAAAUGCUUCAGAUGUUUAGCCUUUAAUUGAUCAAGUAGAAAAUUACUAUUUCUUCGAAAAGAACAUGCCUUUCAUUGAACAAUAAAUUGAAUUAUUUAACAAUCGCAAAGACAGGCUAAUCAUCUAAUCAUAAUUUGGAGUUAUUCCUUUUAUAUUUGAUUACGAUAGCAUUUAACAUUUAGAACUACCUGAAAAGAGGGAAAUACUCAAUUAAAUAGAAUUAAGAUCUCAAGAGUAUUUAAAGAAUGAGUUUAAAAAGUAAUUAUCAUAAAAUGCCUAGGUAGUUGACAAAGCAGAGCAACACUACGACUCUAACACAUACUUCGGGCUUUAUUCUUUAGUUGAAGAUAUAUCGAUGUACUUGUCGUUUUUAAAUAUAAAAUAAAAAGAAUUUUAUGCUUUAAACGAUAUGUUCGCCCCACACAACAAUGCAAUGAUGAAUCCAAUGGAGUAAUAGUCACAUAUUUAAUAAAGUACUACUAAUAUGCAGUAAUCGCAACCUUUUGAAUCUGAUCAUAGAUUCACUUCUUAAACUAUGAUUGGAAGCUAAGUUUAAAACUUGAAUUCAAGAAUUGGUGGAUAACAAACAAGGGAAAACCAAAAUGUACUAAAUAGUGUUAAAAUGCAUGGAGCUAUUUUUUCAUAUUAUUUAGAAUAAUUACCAGAUAAUACCUAUAAAGUUAAUUUGAAAAAGAAUAACACAAUAUCUAAAUCUGGCUAUAACCAGUUAUUAUUUAGUGAAUUUUAUGAGUUCUGUCCUUUCAAAGAAGGAAAAAUUGGUAUAGUAUAUAUACCUUUGGAUUAAUUCUUAUAAAAAACCAAAACUCAAUCAAUUUACAAUACUCUUCUAGCUCAAGUCAUCUCAUACGAGUAACAUUUUAUGUGUGCCUUAAAAAAUAUUGAGGACAAUUAAAAUGUAGAUAGAAACUGGUAUUAUAGCAUAGAUACUGAUAAAUAAGGAAAUACUAAAAUAGUAUCCAAAAAGGAAUUGUUUGCAGGAUACAAUUUGUUAAGAAUUAAGCAGAUGAUGAAUGACUUCGAAAAUGAGUUGUCAUUUGGAAAGAAGGAAGAUAUUAGUCAAAAAUGGAAAAUAAAUGUGUAAUCCUUCCUCGAAGUUAUAGUAAGCGGUUUAUUCAAUAUUGCACAAGGAAGUAGUGUAUAUGAUUGUGAAAGGUGUGGUGUUGAUAGAGAUAGUAUAUUCAGCUUAUUCCAUUAUAUUUUAAGUAGUCCUCUUCUUAAAAAAGUCAUUCAUAUCAUUCUUUACCAAAAUUUCUCAGACUCUGGCAAUAUUAUGAAAGUUAUUAAAGGAAUUUAUUUUGAAUUUAAUGAAAUUGAGAUUAAUGAUUUACCUCAAGAGUGCAAGCUUAGCGAAUUAGACCAAUAUCUAGAGUAUGGCUUAGACUAAAUAAUUAGAAUAGGAAAGACUGAGUACUAUAUCCAUAAGUUUAUGCUUGUCAUCCGCAUUAAUGUUUGUUUUAUCAAAAAUAAUUUGAGCCUCAUCUAAAUAAAUUAGAAUAAAAAAUCUAACAGUGGAGAUUUAAUUUUAAAAGAAAUUCCAAUUCUAAAAAAUUACAUUUAAGUUAUCACAAAUCAGUAUGAUUUUUAUGAAUAAAUUUUUUCGCCUGAGUAGAUUGUAUCUUUUAUUCUCAACAAGCUUGAAAUAGACAAUCAUCUUCUUAGCAUUUCCAAGAAGUUAUCUAAGUAAUUCUCUCAAUCUCAAACUAUCACCUUUAACAUUAAUUAUGAAUCUCUCUACCACAUAUUUAACAAUGACUUUAACAAAGCAAAAUAAAUCAAAAAUCCUAUAAAAAAGAUUGAACAGUAUGACAAGAUUUGGAAAGGAUUAAAUAAUUUAAAGAGUUAUCUGCUGGAUUAAUUGGAAAAAAAUUUGUAGUAACAGCUAGAUCAAUAGUCUUACUAAGAUCAAUUCUUUAUGAUAUUUUUAAAUUUAAUUUAUUCCUAUGAAACUAAGCAAAUCAUAAAAAAGAGAUUGGUUUCAAAUUACAGAAGUUAUCCAAUUUUAACGAAGAUUGAUAAAACAGAGAGUUUGAAGUAAAAUAAAUAGCUAGAAGCUGAUAAUUUUAAUGAAAAUGAAGAUGAAUUUGAUGACAUAGAUAUUGCUGAAGAAUUAACUGAUGCAACAACUAACAAAAAAAUAAGUGCAUAACAAAUUGUGUAAUGUAUUUCUUAAGUUAGGAGCUAGUUUUCUACUAUCGACUCAUUAAAAAAUACAUUUUUAAUUUAGCUAAAUUUAAAUGACUUUUUGCUUCAUGCGAAGAAAGGAGAUUUUUGCUUCAUAGGAUAUUAUUCUCACAACUCUAAUUUAAAUCAAAAUGAUUAUCACUACAUGAUGUGCAAGAUAGCUGAAAAAACUGAUAAAAAAUUUACUUUUGAAAGCUUUUUUGAUUAUAGAAGCAAUUUGGAAUUGCUUUAAGAAAAUAUCAAAUUUGCACUUUUGAAUUUCUAAACUUGGCCUAAUCCACAACUAUUCAGCGGUUAGAUAUAAAAUUAUUGCAUAAUUGAUAGCUCUCUCAAAAUUUAGCUAAUCAAAAGUAAAGCCAUAAGUGAUAUCUGCUAAUUUUUUAUGUCAGAAGAUAUUUAAAGUAAUUAAGAUUUGCUUGAAUAAUAUUAGGGAUACCUAUACCGUGGUAGUGACAAUUUAACACAAGAUAUCUCUUUAAAUAGUCUCAUUUAGCUUAUGCCUUCUAACAUAAGUUUUGUAUUUGAAGCUCAACAUGAUCAAAUGAAUGAUAAUUAAUUUGAUUUAUUGAAUCUGUAGAAGCAGCAAUCCUCUAUUAUUAGAAAUCAAUUUGAUAUGCUUGAUAAUCACAUUAAACAAGUUGUAUUUAGAUUUGAUGAAAAUUACAAAUUUAAGAAGCCUAUACUCACUCCAGAUCAAUUUAGUUUUGCUUCUUCUGUAGACUCAAAUCAGCGUAUUUAGGAAGAAUAUAGCGAUUUAAUAGAAUCUUUGAGGUCUUUAUUCUCCGAAUCGCUAUUGAAAGAAAGUCAAUAGUAAGAAAUGUGCUUUGAUUUCGACUAUGAUCCUGAAUUAGAAAAUAUGAGAGCUAUCAAUAUUGAGCUUAUUGAAAUGAAUAUUUCCUUUAUAUGUGAUAAUAUCUUUGAUACUUUCAAUUAAGUUAUCAGCAAUUUCACCUAUUUCUCUCCAAAGUUUGUCAAAUAAAUUUUGCUGCUCGCUUAUCACAACAAAAAUUCCAGAUUAGAAUUUUAUAAUGAGUCUGAUAUAAUCCGCUAUUUGAUUGUCAAGCUAAUAAUUAAGCAUAUUCAUCGCAUAGGAUUACAGUUUAAGCCAAUACCAGAGUAAAAUAAUGAAGAGCUAUAACUAGCAACAUAUGAGGAAAAUUCUAAAAGUUUUACCAUAAACGUCUUUAUAGGAAAGAAGCUUGACCAGAUAGUUGUUCCUUCAACUAAUGACUUAAGCUACUAUCUACUUAAGUAGCUAGUUAUUUGCGAAUUAAAAUACAUUUUACAAAAAAAAUACUUAUCAAAAAAUAUCGAAAGUGAAUCCAAUAAUUACUAUUAAAUCAACUAAGAUUUAAAAGAUUUCAAUAUUAUUAUAUAAAACGAUUUGAAGAGUUUUUCAAGCCUCCACCAAGGAGAGUAUCAGAUUUUAGCUACUUAAUUACUGACUUUAUCGUUCUCAAUAAGGAGCUUGGCUCUUAUGUCUAAGCUGAAAUUCAUAGACUGCAGCUAAUUCUAAAUAUUAUUUAGUAAUAAAUAAAGCAGUUCUUUCUAAAAAUUAUAAAAUAAUAGCAAUAAUGAAAUAUUAGUAAAUUUUGGGUACGGAUCUUUAAGUUUUACUACAGAAUUCUUUGACAUUAUUCAUAUAUUAACUGAAGAUAACAAUCAAUACUUAAAUGUAUUAUUUUAUGAAAAUUGCAAUAUAGAUGUUCAAAGUAUGAUAGAAGCUACUUCUUCUACUUAAUUAAUUAUUAAUUAAUCCUACAACUAAAACCUGGGAUAGGCAUCAGACUUGAAAUAAAUAACUAAUGAGUAGAAUUAUCAAGUAAAAAUGAUUGACUUAGCUGAUUUCAAUCAACUAACUGAAUUUAAUGUAGAAUCAGCAGUCUAAGGUUAGUCAAUUUAGUUAAAACUUAAAUAAGAUCUAUCUCAUUUAUAAGGCUAGGGUGAGCACUUCCUUUAUGUUGUUUAUUUUAAUAAAUAAGCCAUUUCAUAUAACUAUCUUCUUAAGAGCUCAGAUGAGUUAUUAUAGCAGCUUAUUCAGUAGAGUAGUAGCAAUAACUACAAAAUAAAUUAAGAUUCCUUUGUUAUAAUCUAAUAAAAAUCUUUAAUAGGUAUAAAUUAAUCAAUCUUUGACGGAAUUCAUUUAUAGUUUAGCCAAGGUUAAGAUGAUAUUUCUAUCUCAAACUCUUCUUAUGCACAAAGAUAUGCAGAAAUACUCUUAUAUAAGAAAAUUAGAUUGAUUAAAAUAAAUUAAGAUUAAAAAACAUCAAAAACUACAUUUUUUACAUUUGAUAUCAAUUCAAGGUUUAUAACUAAUGAUAUGUUACUACUUACUAUAAGAAAUUCUCGCUCAUAAACUCUUAACAUUUAAAACAGUUGUCAAGCCACUAUUAUUACAAAUAGCAAUUUCCCCAAAGAUACCCCAAAAGAAAUCCAAAUAAAGUACUCAUCAACUUCUAAAAUACUAAUUGAAAAGACUCAGUUAAAAGGUUGUAUUAUAGAAUAAAAAGAGUUCUAGUCAUUCUAAUCUAAAAAGGAUAAAUAAAAGAAAGAAAACUUAAAAGCAAUUUCCCCUUUAUUUAAAAUAUUCAAACCAAAAACUGUAACCAGACUUAUCGAAUCAAAUGAGGAAAUUGAAUUUAUUGAGUCAGAAAAAUAACUAAAAAAAUACUAAGAAAUUCAAAGAUAAGUUUUUAUGGAAGAUGGAAGACAGUCUAUGUAUUCCAGAGCUGGUUAGACAAGAAAAGAUGUUUUUCAUUUCUAUGAUGGUUUUGGGAACAUUAUGUAACCAACUGAGCCAUUAGAAAAUUACCAAGUUAUAUUUGUGCAUAUUCUUUUCUCGCAGAUUAAGUUCAAGGGAAAAUUGGCACAAGCUAAGGCUGAAAACGAAUUUUAUUGUGAGUGGAGACCACUCAUCAAAGGUUCGUAUAGAAUGUACAUAAAUGGAAUUUACAUUCCAUAGUCAGAAGAAAUGAUAGGAAUUAUAGCAAACACAAUUGAUGAAAACAAUAUAAAAAUAGAAAGUUCUGAUUAAUAAAUGAUUUCUUAUUACGAUACGAUGGAAUGUUAAAUUUACUACAAAGAUAUUUAUGGAAAUAAUUAUACUUAGUUUGAUAAAACAGCAUCAAACGAUCCAUUCCCUCUAGACAUAAAAUGCCAACCUAAUAGCAAAAAUUCAAUCCAUUUGAUAGAGUUUACUUUUUCACAGGGUAAUAUUGAUAAAGUUGGCAAGUAGAAAGUUACUUUGAAGUUCGAUCCAAAAACUACAUCAAAUUUAAAUGAACCUAAUCCUUAAACUAUUGUUUUCUAUUUUGGAAAAAAAGAACUUCACUAAUUCAGCCUAAACAUUUAAGGUAUGAAUUUCGAAAAGAGAAAAAGACAGUUCCAAGAGGCUAUAUAAAAAUUCAAGAAAAACUCGAGUGGCUAGAGUGUGAGAAUAAAUAGAGACAAAUUUGCAGAAGAACUGUUAACUAAUUUUGAAAACUUCGAUCUUAAAAAUGGGCUCUACAUAAACUUUAAGGACGAAAAAGGUAUCGAUGCUGGUGGUUUAAGAAGAGAGUUUUACGAAUUAGUUGGAAAGAUGAUGAAAGAUAGUACAUACUAAUUCUUUGAAUUAUCAAAUAACCAAAACACAGAAAAAUAUUAUUUCCACAAAAAUUGCCUAAAAAUGAAAUAAUCUGUUUAGUAUUUCAAGAUAUUUGGUAAAUUCAUUGCCCAUACAAUCCUUUAUGAAGCUCUGCUAGGUAUUGAGUUUUGUGAACCUCUUUAUAAACUUAUUACUAAAUAAGAAAUAAAAUUUGAAGAUUUAAAGCAUGUAUUAGACUCAUAAACAUAUAAUAACUACAAAUUACUUAAAGAAUUAGAUGCUGAAAGCCUAGAGGAUAUGUGUUUGUUCUUUACUUUUACAAAUAAAGGUAAGGUGAUAGAGUUAAUUCCUAAUGGAGGGUCUACAUAGGUUAACAAAUAAAAUUUGGAUUAGUAUCUUUAGGAAACUUCAUAAUAUUUCCUUUAGAAACGCUUCUAAAAUGCAAUAACUCACUUAUAAGAAGGAUUUGAGUCAGUUUUCCCCUCUGAUUUACUUUUCAAGUUUAUUCAUCCAAAUGAGUUGUCAAUUUAUACUUGUGGUUUAAAGGAAAUUAAUGGAGAGUUUUUACAAAAAUUAUCUACUUUUAGUGGAGGAAAUUCAAUUUUAUAAAAUUACUAUUAUAGAUAUCUUUCAGAAUCUUCUACUGAAAUGCUUCAAAAUUUCUUGAAAUUUAUAACUGGUUCUGGAAGUAUACCUUUUGACUAUUCAAAUUUCAAACUAGUUAUUGAUUUUGUCUCUAGUAUGAAUAUUAAUAAGUUACCACUAUCGCAUACAUGCUUUAGAUCAAUAGAAGUACCUUAUUACAAAAGCUAUGAACAAAUGAAGGCUAAAUUUGAUUUAGCCUUUACCCUUGGUAGUGAAGGAUUUGCUUUUGGAUGA